GCGACUCUCAUUUAUAUCCCCCCCUCACUUGAAGAUAUCACCUUGGAAAAAUAACAUGAAGGAAAGAAUGCCCCAUAGCAAAACCUCUCUGUUUCUGUAGCUCCUUUCAUCUGUUCCGUCUCUCUCUCUCUGUCUAAUGGAGAAAUGAGGUCGCUGAUCAUGAGCCAUGGCGUCUUCUUCAUCACAGCACUUCUCCACCUCUUUCUUCUCCACCAGCCCGUCUCCUAUGCCGGCCGAUGGCAUCUCCUGAGUUCCCCUCCUUUUAAGGAGGAGAAGAUCCGGUUGGGAUCGACGCCGCCGAGCUGCCACAACCGGUGCAACGCUUGCAAUCCCUGCAAGGCGGUCCAGGUGCCAACAAUGCCGGUCCCGAAUGGCAAGGUUAGCCGGCUGGGGGUGGAAGAUGGCCGGACGCCUGAUCAGCCGGCAUACAGUCAGUACAAUUCCAACUAUAAACCUUUGGAGUGGAAAUGCAGCUGCGGGGCGCGGAUCUUUAACCCUUAGAUGUGAGAUAAAAGGUAGCUUUUUUCCCGUUUUUUAUUUUUUAUUUUAAUUUAGUUGUGGUCUUGUGGAUCAGAGCUUCUUCCCCUUUUUUUUUAUCUAUUUUAAUUUGUAGUCAUUUGAUUUUUCAACUUUUUUUUCAAGGAAGAUUUUUAGAAUUUUUUUAUGAAAAUGGCUUGAGUUGUAGUGCAUUAUGCUUGUGGAGUGGGAGGAAUUGAACGCGGCUGAAAUUAAUUUGUGAUUUGUAUUUCAUCUCU